AUGUCUCAAUUCACCCAUAGUUAUCGCAUUGUUUCCCCAUCAGACAUGGCAAUGCCUUCCAUCUCAUCUACCUCUACACUUCCCUCUUCACUUCCCCUACCUCCAGCCUAUGCGAAAGAAAACAACAUCACUGCAGAUAGUCUCCCUGAUACGACCAUGCCUCUUGUUGAGGAUCCUUUCACCGCCAAUAUCAUCCACGAUACAAGCGACUGCACUUUGGUACAGACCAUGGCUAUGGUAGCAGAAGCUGGUGCAGACGCUGGCGCUGCUGUCUCUGCUAGAUCUUCGACACCAGUGCUCCAUUCUACUUCGUCCGUUGUGAAACCAUCUUUCUCUUCUUCCUCUUCGUCCUCGUCUUCUUCUACUUCUGCUUCUGUAUGUUCAGCGACUGCACCUACGAUCUAUGCGCCAACAACCAUUCGACCUGGAUCAGGACCUUCAAUGUCACUCGGCCAACGCUCUGUCAUACGCCCAUCGAUUGAUAUACCUCAACCUCAGGCACCCAUCGGUCUUCACCAUGCACUCGAUAGCACCUACCCUGCUACACCCAAUGCUAAACCUGCGGCAACAACAGCACGUAUCCUACCACGCUCAAUCGAGUCGUGCGUCCAGGAUACUCUCGCUAAAGAUCCUCAGCUCCCUUCUGGCUCCUCCACUCCCUAUCUAGGUCCUGGAUCGAAUGGACAUCGCCGUAUCAUGACUCCAACUAGUCGACUGGCUGAAACUGCAGUUGGUGUGCGUGAAGUCUCGAAAAAGAUAGGCAAGUAA